AUGGCGCUCUUCCACGUCGCGCGGUACGCAGGCCCCGAGGCGGCCGGGGCGGAGGCUGAGGCGGACGGCCGGGCGCGCGCGCUGCUGGAGCGGCUGCAGUGCCGCGCCCGAGAGCGGCAGCGGCAAAAGCAGCCCCAGCAGCAGGAGGCCGAGCGGGCCGCGGAGGCGGCGGGGCGGCGGCGGCGGCGGCGGCGGCGGCCGCGCAGGCCGCGGAGGCGCGAGGGCUGCGGGGCGGCGGGGAGCCCGCCCGAGCCGCGGGGGAAGCGGCGGAGGCUGGACGGCGAGGACGGGGGCGCAGGGGGGGCCGGGAGCGGCGAAGACGCGUCGGUGGACCCGGGUGGAAGUUCUCCCGCGGAGGGUUCGGCGCCCCCGGCCCGCGGCCUGCCGCCCGGGGCCCUCGGGAGGAGCAGGGCGGCCAAGGCCCAGCCUUUCCUGCCAUUGUGGUUGGCUGAGCCGAGCUCUGUUGGAAAGAGCGUCACAGAAGACUUGGUGCCUAUUGAGGACAUCCCUGAAGUCCACCCUGACAUGCAGAAGAAACUGCAAGCACACGGCAUCUCGUCCUACUUUCCAGUCCAGGCAGCAGUGAUUCCCACUCUCCUGGAAAGCAUAGCCAACGGGUUCCUGGUGGCCAGAGGUGGCUACCGGCCCAGUGACCUUUGUGUUUCUGCCCCGACGGGCAGUGGGAAGACCUUGGCCUUUGUCAUUCCUGUGGUACAGGCCUUGCUAUGUCGAGCUGUUUGCCAGGUCCGUGCCUUGGUUGUGCUGCCCACCAAGGAGCUGGCCCAGCAGGUGAGCAAAGUGUUUAACAUCUACACAGAUGCCACUCCUCUGCGUGUCGCCCUGAUCACUGGGCAGAAGUCACUGGUCAAGGAGCAGGAGAGUCUCGUCCAGAAGACAGUAGACGGCUUCCGCUGCUUGGCUGACGUGGUGGUGGCCACCCCUGGCCGCCUGGUGGACCACAUUGACCAGACCCCAGGAUUCAGCCUCCAGCAUCUCCGCUUCCUGAUCAUCGACGAGGCCGACCGGAUGAUAGACAGCAUGCACCAGUCCUGGCUGCCCCGGGUGGUGGAGGCAGCCUUCCCGAGUGAUGCUGCCAAUGACCCCUUUGCUCUGCUCCAGAGGAGACAACUCCAGGCCACCACUGCUGCCAGUAUCUCUUGUCCUCAGAUGCCGCUCCAGAAGCUGCUCUUCUCGGCUACCCUGACACAGAAUCCUGAGAAGCUGCAGCAACUAGGCCUCUACCAGCCCCGGCUCUUCUCCACAGGGCUAGCAGGCAGGGGCCCCAGAGACACUGACGGGGACGGGGACGGGGACUCAGGCGGGAAGUACACCUUUCCUACAGGGCUGUCUCACCACUACGUGCCCUGCAGCCUCCGCAAUAAGCCCCUGGCCAUCCUGCACCUGAUUUUGGAGAGGAAUUUCUCAAGGGUCCUUUGUUUUACCAACUCCCGCGAGAACUCUCACAGGCUCUUCCUGCUAGUCCAGGCUUUCGGAGGUGUGGCUGCGGCUGAGUUUUCCUCCCGCUGCAGGCCUGGCCAGAGGAAGGUGGUUUUGAAGCAGUUUGAGCAGGGGAAGAUUCAGCUCCUCAUCAGCACAGAUGCCAUGGCUCGAGGUAUUGACGUGCAGGGUGUGCAGCUGGUAAUCAAUUAUGACGCCCCCCAGUAUCUGCGGACCUACGUGCACCGGGUGGGAAGAACUGCCCGUGCUGGAAGAACCGGACAGGCCUUCACUCUGCUCCUCAAAGUGCAGGAGAGGAGAUUCCUCCAGAUGCUAGCUGAAGCCGGCGUGCCCAAGAUGGCACGGCACGACAUCCCUAGUGAGCUCCUGCAGCCGCUCGUCCCUCGGUACGAGGAGGCCCUGUCUCAGCUGGAGCAAGCUGUCAAGGAAGAGCAAAGGCAGAAGGUGGCCUAGACAGGCUCGGAGGACUGCAGGCUGGGCCCACUGCAGAGCAGGCCCUUCCCAUCCUGUGCCUCUUCCAGGGCUUAGCCACAUCCUUUCUGAACAACACUGAAUGGUGGCUGCUAGAUAGUGAGCGAAAGACAGAUUCCUCUGAUUUCAGAGGGAGCUGGGAAUGUGGGGCCGUGCUUGGCACACCUGGCCAGAGGCAGAAACACAAUCGUACCUACAUCUCUUAGUCUGUGGGAAAUAACGAUCCUGUGCAACGUGACUCCUAUAUCAAAUGUCAUUAAUAAACUCUUUUUUCCUUUGUUCUAUGUA